AUGCAAGAAGGGGAGACGGCUAAACUUGCAAAGAAUAUUGAUGGAAGCGUUUUGUGCUCGAAAUUGAAAUUCUGUCGACGUAAGUGCGGAAGUUCACUCACGUCUUUUAACCUCUCACAGGAACAAAUUCAAACACAAGCACAGGAGCAAAUUCAAAACACAAGACACAAGAACAAAUUCAAACACAAGCACAGGAACAAAUUCAAAACACAAGACACGAGAACAAACUCAAAACUCAAGCACAAGAACAAACUCACAACUCAAGCACAAGAACAAACUCACAACUCAAGCACAAGAACAAACUCACAACUCAAGCACAAGAACAAACUCACAACUCAAGCACAAGAACAAACUCACAACUCAAGCACAAGAACAAACUCACAACUCAAGCACAAGAACAAACUCACAACUCAAGCACAAGAACAAACUCACAACUCAAGCACAAGAACAAACUCACAACUCAAGCACAAGAACAAACUCACAACUCAAGCACAAGAACAAACUCACAACUCAAGCACAAGAACAAACUCACAACUCAAGCACAAGAACAAACUCACAACUCAAGCACAAGAACAAACUCACAACUCAAGCACAAGAACAAACUCACAACUCAAGCACAAGAACAAACUCACAACUCAAGCACAAGAACAAACUCACAACUCAAGCACAAGAACAAACUCACAACUCAAGCACAAGAACAAACUCACAACUCAAGCACAAGAACAACUCACAACUCAAGCACAAGAACAAACUCACAACUCAAGCACAAGAACAAACUCACAACUCAAGCACAAGAACAAACUCACAACUCAAGCACAAGAACAAACUCACAACUCAAGCACAAGAACAAACUCACAACUCAAGCACAAGAACAAACUCACAACUCAAGCACAAGAACAAACUCACAACUCAAGCACAAGAACAAACUCACAAUUCAAGCACUAG